AUGGGUUGCUCUGCUUCUCGUUCUUCUCCACCAUUUCACUUCACCACCACCACCAUCACCACCACCGCCGCCUCCUCAUUCGCCGAUCAUCAACACCCACCGUCCAAUUCCUCCACCUCUUCACCUUCCCCUCACCAUUUCUAUUCCCCAUUCUCAGAUCACUAUUACAACUCAUCUUCAACACAAACCCCUGUUUCGCGAACCAUGUCUCUACCCACUCCUCUAAUCCACCAUCCUCCCCUCCGAAAAGGCGAUUCAAAUCACUUCGUCUCCCUCACUUCCACAACAUACGGUUCCCUCAUCCUCAUCGACAACAACACCACCACCACCACCACCGACAAUAAUAGAACCCUAGAAGAACACCCGGCUUCGUCUCCAGAUUCCGUGAUUAACACCUGGGAACUCAUGGAAGGUUUAGAUGAUGAAUUUGAUAUGAUUAACGAUAAUCAGAAGCAACCCAAUUCUUACUUUGGAAAAUUAAGUAACGUAUCGAAGGAAAAAACCUAUGUUUCUUUCGGGUUAGGUGGUCCGUACGAAUUAGUGGAGCAUUCGGAGCCUAAGCCUUUGUGGAAGCAUUUAUCUGAAGAAUCACUGCUAUCGAAAAUGGAUUCCAAUUUGGUUUCAAGUUACAACAAAGCAUUGUCUUCUAGAGUUCUUGGUUGCAAAGAAUCGAAAUUAGCAAGUCAUCCCGUUACAGAAAUCACCGAUACAAAAGGGGGUUGUGUUCUAUCUGGUUGUGAAGAUAGAAUCGUAUUGUACUACACAAGUUUAAGAGGAAUCCGAAAAACUUACGAAGAUUGCUGUGAGAUUCGAAUGAUUUUAAAAGGGUUUCGAGUUUUCAUCGAUGAAAGGGACAUUUCAAUGGAUUCCGCUUACAAAGAGGAACUACAAGGUGUUUUUGAAGGUAAAGGAUUCACUCUGCCACAACUGUUCAUCAAGGGUAAACAUAUCGGUGGUGCAGAUGAGAUCAAACGGCUUCACGAGGAAGGAAGUAUGUUUAAGUUUAUGAAGGGUUUUCCUAUUAUUGAUCCUGGGUUUGUUUGCGAUAAUUGUGGGGAUGCAAGAUUUCUGCCAUGCCCAAAUUGCAAUGGCAGCAGGAAGGUUUUUGAGGUAGAAGAAGGGAGAUCGAUUAGGUGCCCUAAUUGCAACGAAAAUGGAUUGAUCAGAUUGCCUCAGGUUAUCAAAACAAAGUUUCACGCCUUGAUGGGUGGGUUAUGA